UAAAAACUGUUCCAAAUCAGUCUCCGCAAAAAACAGAACAAAAUCUUGAGAAAGAACAGAGAGAGUUUUUUUCCCUUUUGUGUCCCUUUGGAUUGGUACGGAAGAGAUCGAUUCAAAUCAUCAUAGGGGAGAAGAUUGAGAGAGAGGGGCUAAAGCUUGUGCUCGAGGAUCUUUGUCGGAUCAGACAAGAUUUUGGAAUGGGAAUGGAGGACAGCGGGAGGGUUCAUGUCGCUCCAAAGAUAGCAGCAGAGGACGAUGAUUCUCCCUCCCUGAACAUCCACCAGAAGAAUCUCACUGACGAUUCAGAUUCAGAGGUGAAUCUUCUGGAUGAUUCUUUCGAAACACAGAGAAUAUCGAAGAAUGAUUCCCCUUUUACAAAGAGGAAACCUCUGCAACCCGAGAACAAGAAGCAUGCCGAUGAAGAAGAUAGUUAUUCCGUCGCCUCUUCAAAUGUGUCGUCGAGAACGAGUAAGCCGAGAGUAACCUAUGGAUGCGCUCCAACGUUUAGAAGCGCAGAACGUGCCGAAAAACGCAGAGAGUAUUACCAAAAGCUUGAAGAGAAACAGCAAGCCCUCGAAGCCGAGAGGACUGAACUCGAACAAAGGCAGAAGGAAGAGCAAGAAGCAGCGAUUAAGCAACUCCGGAAGAAACUCAUUUUCAAGGCGAAUCCCGUCCCGAACUUCUACUACGAGAAACCUCCUCCCAAACCCGAGCUUAAGAAGCCUCCAUUGACGCGUCCAAAGUCGCCGAAACUCAUCCUGUCCCGGAGAAAGAGCUUCAACGACUCGAUCAACUCCUGCGAUGAAAUCGGGAAGACGGAAUCUGGCAAGAUCCGACACAACAUUGCUUCAUUACAAGACAAGGAGGAUCCCACCAAGAACAAGAACACUGUCUUAAGAACCAAAGCUUCUGCUACCGAUACCGAUGCUUGUGAAGUGGAGGCUCAGAGCGGUUCCCGUGGUCAGGUCGGGAGGGCGAAGAACGGAGUAAAACGUGUGAACCAGAACCGCGGGGAAGGAGCUUCCAUGGACGCAGAGGCUGAGGCUUGAUGAGAAAUUGCUUUCUUUUGGCCUCUUUGUGCUCUCACUAAUUUGGUAUACCGGAGAUAACCGAACCGGUUUGUUGGUUUUGUCCGGUCUAGCUUUUCAUUCAUUCUCGUCAUCUGGGGUUGGUUUUGGUAUUUAUAAUGUAUAUCUGGAGUUUAAAGGCUUAUUUGAUUAAAUAAGUUUUGUUUUUUGAA